AUGAAUGAAAAAAAUUCUUUAAUAUAUAUAUUAAUAAAUGAUUUAUUUGUUAAAUUAUUAUUAACAUUAAUAUCAUCAAUAAAUUGGAUAUUCUUACUAAUAUCAUUAAUUAUUUAUUUUUGUUUAAUAUUAAAAGAAAAAACCGAUUAUGAGAAAUAUUCAAUUGAUUAUAUAUCAUCAAUAAUAUAUAUUUUAUUUCAUUAUAUAUUAUUUACAUUAUCCUAUGCAGAAAUUCUUCCAUGGGAAACAGCUAUUGUCUUUGUUUUAAUUAUUUUAAUUAUUUAUUAUUAUAGAAAAUUAUGUUUAAUAACAAAUAAAUCAUAUAUUUAUUGUUUACCAUUUGGAAAAAGUAAAGAAGAAUUUGAUAUAAAUGUAAAUGUUUUAAUGAUAAAAUAUCUUUUAACAAAUAUUUUUUUAUAUAUUUAUAUACUUCAUUUAUGUUUAACAACAAUUUGUACACCAGAUAUGUAUUUUAAUUGGUUUCUUAUUAUUAAAAAUUGUCGAUAUACAUAUUCGAGUUUACAUUCAAGUUAUACAUUGUCCGGUGGAAUUAUUGGUUCAUUUCCAUGGAUUAUUAUUUCCAGUUAUUAUUUAUUUCACUAUCUAUUCAGAUAA